AUGUCAUAUUGAAUGUUAAAAUAGGUAAUCGAAUCGUCGAUUGUUAGCUUUAAGGAAAAUAUAAUAUUGUACAUGGCUUUUUUUCCUUCAUUAAACAAUUAAAAAUCUCCGAAAAUGUUUUGAUAAUACUUUUAGAUAUUGAAACUUUCACUGUGCCUAUAUUUUUCCGAUAAUAUAUUGUUAUUUGCAUCGAUUACCAGUGUCCUCAUUUGAAAAAUGAGUUUGGUUGGAAAAAAGUCCGAAUCAAUAUCUCUCCACGAACCUAAUAAUGACGACAUAAUACCAUGUCAAAUUACUCCUGAUGAUGUUUUAAGACUGGAUAGGAUUACGGACACGUACCUUUGCAGCCCCGAAGCUAAUGUAUACGAUAUUGAUUUUACGCGUUUUAAAAUACGCGAUUUGGAAACUGGCACGGUGUUAUUUGAGAUUGCAAAGCCCCCCACUGACUUUGGGGUGGACAGUGAAGGCACGGAAGAUGCUCCCGAAGAGCCCCUGGAUCCUAAUGCUGGAAGAUUUGUGCGCUAUCAAUUUACACCUCAGUUCUUAAAGUUAAAGACAGUUGGAGCCACGGUGGAGUUUACAGUUGGUGCUCGUCCUGUGAAUCAUUUCAGAAUGAUUGAGAAGCAUUUCUUCAGGGACACAUUGCUCAAGACGUUUGAUUUUGAGUUUGGGUUCUGUAUUCCAUUUUCUAGGAACACUUGUGAACAUAUUUAUGAGUUCCCCACACUGCCACCUGAUCUUGUUGAGGAGAUGAUAGCUGCACCAUUCGAGACUUGUUCGGACAGCUUUUACUUUGUGGACAACCAUCUGGUAAUGCAUAAUAAGGCUGACUAUGCCUACAAUGGUGGAGUCAACAAUUAAUAAUGUUUCAUUUCACUAAAUAUUUUGAAUUCAGAUUGGCACUAAAGUAUUUUGAUGUUUUUCAAAUAGUUUUAUGUACAUAUACAAAUAUUUAAUUGAAGGUGACAAAAGCAUAACAUUCCAUACAUGCCUUUAUUUAUGAUCAUUUUUAGUUCAUUAUAAUUUAAGUUAUAUAGAGGGUGUUCUACAAUAUAUAAAUUAAAUGAAUUGAAAUAAAGCAGUAAUUAUAUUAAAAAAAGAGAUACUUUAAGUGGAUGUGGACUUUCUAAAUCUUUCUAAAACUUCUGAAGUUUGAUCUCAGGAACACCCUAUGUAGUGAAAAUAGGUAAAUGUAAAAAGGUGGUGAAACUGCAAAACAUUCCAUAGUAAUUCCAGAUUUUUUUGUUUUUAAUUAAUUUUAAACAAUAAUUGGUAACACUGUGUUUUUGAAAUCUCACUGUUGAGCUUAAAGUAUACACAUUGUCACCAUAGCACCUUAUAUUUGGAUGUAUGCAAAAAAUUCUAAAUGUGGUGUGUGACACUUAAGUGUAAUAUUUUUGUAUGUGGGUGCUGAACUGAUUUGGACACGUUUCUAGUCAUUGUAUAAGUUUUCUUUUGCGUUUAAACGUGUUGGAUAUAUGCCUGAACAACUGAGAGAAAUUUUACAAAUAUAAAUAUAAGUAAAAAGGUUUUUCACGAGGAAAACGAAAGGUUAAAUGCCCUGUAAUUUAUACGUUUAGGGUAGGUCUGCCAGCAUUAAAAUUGAUAUCGAGCUAAUUUUACUAGGUUAUUCAGUAUUUGAAAAAACAUUCUAGAAGGUUCUAAGGUUUAGUUUCCAUUUGUAAUGUACAAAUUAAUAAUGCUUAUUGUGUGACCGAAUUAGUCCAGAAUUACACCAAAUAUUUUUUAAAUCGGGUUAUAUAAAAUACGGUAAACUGGUCGAGUGGUAGACCUACCUUGUAAUUCUUAUGGGCGUAACAAAAUGUGGGCCGUAGCCAAGAUAAUUCUUUUAUUAAAAUAAUUAUAGCGUCUCGCGUUAAUAACGAUUCUGCUAAUGUCAAAGUAUACAAAUCAUUAUUUCGGAAAAUCGAUAUACACGGUAAAAACAUAUUUUCGCCUUGGUUAGCGAUAGGUCUAUCGAUAAGGUACGCCAUUUCUAAAAUUGUUUUCUAUUAAUUUUAACGAUUAUUGAAAAGCAUCUUGACUACGGCCCAAUGUCGGAGUGUCAUUUGCGUGUAUUACAGGGAGUCGAAAUGGGAUAAUAAUAUCUACACGAAUGUUCUGUUGUACGCAACGAUAUUUUAUUUUAAAUAUUGUUGACUGUACAGCGUGUUUUAAAAUAUUGUAUUGAUGGGUUUUAUUGUGGUUUAAUGUUAGUAUGGAGUCGAUUCCAAAGCAUGUAGUAUUGAUUGAGAAAAAUAUUAUAAUUUUUAAGUCUCGUUAAAGUAUUGAAAAAGUAUAAACUUUCGCGUAAGUUGAAACCUAACCUAACCUAACCUAGUGUGUAGGUAAGUGGACAAAAAAUAUACCGCAUCUUAAGUAUUGCUGAUAUUCUGAAAUAUAUUAUCUCACGCUCGCUUACUAGCAGAGAAUACGUACUAUAUACCUGGCCCAAUAAUAAUGGAAUAUUGUUAUUGGUUAUUAGUGAGGUGUCAACUUAUGUGCCAGUAUAUCAAAGCAGGUAUCUAUGUGUACUUAUUUAUUUUAUUUAAUGACUGACAUAAUUCUAUUCUAAAACAUUGGUAAUGAUUAAAAUUUACUUAUUGGUUGAGAUGUUAUUGUAAGUUGCGUUCGUUAAUUUUUUUUCAUGGUUUAUAAAGAAAGUUUUUUGAAUCCGCUUUAUGAGAUAGGUAAGUUAUAGAACGACAGACGGCGUAUUAAAUUAAUUAUAUAAUUCGACAAAAUAUCUCCAGUUUUCAAGUUUUGAGCCGUCCAACGAUUGUUUGUUUCAAGCGUCCUUGUUUAAAUAAAUAAAUUUUAAGAAUACGAACUAAAAUGUGUUCACUAUGUAAAAUUAAUUUUAUUUUUAUUUUCUUUUAAAAUUUCUUUUGCGCUACAUUGCUUCCUACUGUAAUACAUAUUUUAUGAAUUAUGUAGUCUUACUGUAUAUUAACUGUACCAAAUAUAAAGCUGGAUUGUAAAUUAAUAAUUGAUAAAUGUGUUGGUAAGUUACCUGUUGAUGUUCCAUCGUACGUACCCGUAGCCUCAUAUGUAUUGGAAUUGGUUUAGAAGUUUUUUUUAUACAUGUGCAUAGCAAUAUUUCAACCAUCCUAAUACAUGCCACAAGUCCUGCAAGCUUUAAAAUUUGCAGAAGUCGGCUUGCCUUGAUUGUUCUAUAAAAAUUGCUUGCGAAAGUCAAGUUAUGCAAGAUUUUUACCUAAUCUAAACGUCGGUUAAGGAAUUUUACAAUUUAGAUUGUGAUGGUAUGAGAAUUGGACAUGCUAUGUUAAUAUUAACAAAUAAUUGAUAUCCACAGAUCACAACAAUAAGCCAAUCAAAAUAAGUGAUAUGUGAGGAACGAUCAAACUUUGUUGUGAUUGGUCUGUUUUCGCGAUCGAUCCAAGGAUAUGGUUUAUGGUAAAUUCGUCAGUUGUACUGCAAACGGUGUAACGAGAUCGAAGUUUUUACUAUAAGGCGUGGAAGAAUAGUAUUUUUAUUUAACAAAACAGCACUAUGAAAGUAGAUUGAAUAAAUUCUUUACCAUCCUUUCAUAGAAUACGUUUGAGGCUGCGUGUACGCAAUAAAGCGCGAAUGACACAUAGACUUUACGGGUAUAGUGAGGUGAAUAUUGUCCAUCGUCUACACGGGGCAGUAAUUCCACAUAAAAGGCUCGUUGGUGACAUAAGAACUCAUCAUUAGAUGAAGUAUUCUAUACACCUAUUCACAGUUGAAUGAAAGCUAAAUUCAUAUAGCAAAACAUCUUGCAUUUAUUUUCAACUCUAUUCAAAGUGGAGACAAUGUUUGUUAAUAGAAAAUGAAGCGUUUAUGUUUCGUCUUAAGGUUAUAUUUUGGAGAUUGCCCGUCGUUGUGUCAUUCGCGCUUUAUCCAGUAAUGUCGAAAUCCGUAAAUGAAACCAAUGUAGUGAUCGUAAUACAAGUAAUCUGCGUUAUAGACUAGUGUGUCAAGCUUAUAAUUUAGUACAUGUAUGUAAGGUAAGUGGAAUAUUGUGAUAAGCUUGUGUAACAACUAAUAUUUUAUCGGUAAUGUCUAUGGAACUUGCGAUUUGUUAACCUUGUAAUAUCUGUUGUUUCGACUGUUAGGUAUUAUAGAUAAUGCCUUCCACGAUGACGCGCACAACCAAUUUUGGACGAGGAAUUUUCGGGUUAACAAGACUCGAUUAUUGAUCGUAGUGGGUGGAAACACUCAUUGGUAAUAAGUGGGUAUUUACAGAACUAAAAUAUAAACGGAAGGUUGUGCUGAACUGUAAGCUAAUAGAGGAUAAAUGGGGCACGUCAUCAAGUGUGGAUCCAGAUUUCAAGUAACGAUAUCAAUUUUCCUCUGAACAUAAAUUAAAUACGUAAUAGUAUUAAGCGUGUAUUUGAUAUCAUACAAAAUAUUUAUGUUAUUAAAUAUAUUAUUGAGUCAUUCAAGGUCUUAUUCACUUAGACCUAGCCUAUGUCACGGGUCUUGACCCCAAGAACACCCCUUCUUUAGCCCUUGCGCGUCAUCGUGGAUGACAUUGUUUAUACAUACUUAUUUGUUCGAACCAGAGAUAAUUCAAUGUGAGAUAAAUUACUUUAUUUGUAGUCGUCCUUUCAAUCAUUCUGGAUGUCUAAAAUUUGUGUGCUGGUAUUCGUUUAAAUAUAACUGUUUUAAUUUAAUAUUUUAUAAAUCAAUGUUGACAACCCCAACCGCUGUGCCUUGUUUAUUAACAGCUUUAAACGUUACUAAUUUAUGACGCAGUAUCUUAUUCUCAUCAAUGUUUGAACAAUUUUCCCGAGACUUAUAUUUCAGCUGUCAUUCGAUAUACAGCCGUUUUUAAUAAACGAUCCCAAUCUCAAUCUUUAAUCCGAUGGCGAGAAUGAACCAAUCAAAAUAACUAAUUUGUACGCAUGUCAAAAGAAACUUUGUUCUGAUUGGUCGAUUUUGAGAUGAAAAAAGCGAUUAGGAUCGUUUAUUGAUAACCAUGGUUAGUCUUACAAUCUUAAUCGCUUUUUCGAUCCAUUGUGAAAAUGCACCAAUCAGAAUAAAGUCUUUUUUUGUCAAGCUUACGAAUGUUGAUUGAUUGGUUUAUUUUAGGGGUGAAAUGAAAACGAUUGGCAUCGUUUAUUGAAACUGCCGUAAUGGGUGGUGAAAAUGAUCAUACGUACACUACGACACUUACAAUGAUUUUGUCGCGCCUAUCAAAUCUAUGGUACUCAACACAAGACUUAACAGUGAUGUAUCGUGGCAGAGUGGAUAUCUAAGAGUCCGCUAGUAUAUCAGGGCAAAGAGGUUAACGGUCCGCCCCUUGUGAUAUUCCGAACAAUUUAAUUGAUACAAGAAAUAAAUAUCGGUUAUUACGAAUAAUCAUACUAUCUAAGUCUGAUAAACAGUGGCGACUGGUGGCAUAUAUUGGUAGCUAUCAUAGGUGGAACCAAUGCGUUCUAAAAUAUAAAAAAAAAUGGUACUAAGCGUUUUUUUUGCUAUGUUUUUCAUCCCAUGAUGUGAUAGGAGCAAACCUACGAAUUCCUGAAACUCUUACUCUAUAAACCGUAGUUCCGUCUGCGCAGCCGAGGAUCUCGUCCUGUUCCCCGACCCUUCUAAUAGUUCCGCCCCGCGUACCGACAAAUAUGGUAAUGGAUAGAUUCUAAAUACGCUCAUCCCACGAAUGUCUCAUUCUUUUCCAGGGGCCGACCUUAACCCUUUCGUAACCACGUAGGUUGCCUUCAACAUGGUCAUACAUUUCCAAGAGUUGCGAGCGCCUUAAGCGCUGUUCCAAAAGUCCGGUGUGUUUGUAUAAGCCAACCCUUGUGAGGCUAACAAAUGUACUUCAUGUUAAAAAAUGAGGACUGUAUUUAGAAAAUAGCACCUAAAAUAGGAUCCUCAAAUUAAUAAUUCUGAGAAGCUUCAGUGAAAAAUUUGUAUUUCCAACUCCAGUUUGGUUAAUUUAGUUUGUAGGUUGAAUAUAAGUGUUCUAAGUAAGUGGUGAUCUUAGCUGGUUAGUGUCAUAAAUGCAAGUCACAGUGAAUCUUGCCUUACAGGGGUGCAGUGGUGGGUGAGAAUUGUCCCUCGAGCCUCCAUCCGUGAUGAUAGUUAUUUAAAGUUAAUAAAUCAAUCCGUGGUAGCUAGUCGAUAAUAAAAAUACAAACUAUAACUGCUAUAUGGAAUAACCUUAAACUUUUUCCAAUAGUUUACUUCCUAAUAAUUUAAGGUCUUAAAAAUCUAAACCUAUCCUUAAUGGAUAAUCUUAAAUCCACUUAUUUAUUCUUGUCGACUGUUUUCAAAUAAAUGUUUGCGUGUUUUCUUAGAUCGUAGGGGUUGGCACACAUCCAAAACUUGUUCGUGAAUAGUAUUGCAAAAACAAUUUAUGUUAUCGAUUGCAAUUGUAAGCUAUCUGUAAUGUGUACCCUCCUGUAUACACUGUCACUAAUCACUACACUAGUUUUAUGGAAAUAAAUGAUAUACCAAACGUC